AUGACAAACCAGCAAGUUUCCAUCCGUACUCUUCCAAACUUUUACCCAGACACACAAGAUGUUUACACUGUAACUGUCACUGGAUUUGAAAGAUACAACCAUGGUGCUAAGCAAAUCAAAACGGUUGUAACAAAGGAUGCUGCAACAAUCUCACGUUGUUAUCAACUCCCCAAAUCUCUUCAUAGGUUUCUUGAAGAUGAUAAUCUUAGAUUUGUUCGACUUGAUAUUGAAUGUGUUGCGCGUAAGCUUGAGAAGAAGUUUAAUCUUGAUGUUAAGAGAGCUGUUGAUCUUAGGGAUUUGGUUGCUGAAAACUAUCCUCGGAAGGAGAAGGAAGUUAAGAGUCUUGAUUUGAUGGGAUUGGAUAAAAUUGUUCUGCGUUCUAAAGAAAUUGAAAGGCCUAGAGAUGUUAUUGUGAGUAAUUGGAAUCAGAAAUACCUUACUCAGUCACAGAUUAUGUAUGCAGUUGUUGAUGCUUAUGUUACUUUCAAGAUUGGUGAUGGACUCAAUUUCACUUAUCACUACAGUACUCCCAGUGUUUUGGAUUGA